AUGAAAGAAAAAGAACCUACAUCCCUCAAGGCCAUCUCCCAAGCCACACGCCCAUACCCUAAUACCCCCCGCCCUUCAUCUCAAUCAACCCGGUCCGGGCCAAAAUACUUCCCCCCUAACACUCUGCAAGAAGACGAUUUGGAACUCGCUAUGGACACGAUACCCUAUGAGUUCAACGUAAAAUCGUCCAACCCUAGCAGUACAGAACCACCCUCUGACGGUCUCGCAAACUCUAUCCACGCUCCAAGUAACCCCACGGCAGACCACAUGAUGAACGAACCCCCCAGCCCCAACGUAAACCAUGUACCCUCCCCCGAAGAACAAACCAUUCUGGCACAUCUAGCACUAGCAGACAUGAACAGAUCCGUGCUAAGUCAGAACGGCACGUCCCAUGGCACGAUACUCCCCCAAUUUACCCCAGCCCCAAUCGGGGGUUUCCCGACAGUGCACAUGUCACAUUCAGCGCAAAUAUUCGACCACCUGGAUAAUAGGGUCCUGCUCGCCUGGUUCCAGGUUGAGCACCCGAAAUUCAUGGUCCGGGUUUUCGACCACUCUGGGAAAGAAGUAGCUGAGAGAACCGCCAUUAUUGCGGAACGCUUACGGGCCAACAUCACCAUCAUCGCAGAAUCCAUCCAUAACGAAACCCCCUCCAUUCGCGUCUCCCCCCCGCAACCCCAGGGAGGAAAAGGAGCAAAGAACCUCCCAUGCGGCUUCCUGGUCCACAAAGUAUCCAACGAGACGAAGAAUCUCAUACUUAACCAACGCAUAUGGUCCACAACUGACCUAACAUUCGAAGCCCUCCCGUUCAACUGCACACACCCCCCAGAUCUCCUUUUUGGCCUAUCGGGCUUCACAACCCUAGACACAGCCACCAUCCUCCAAGCCGUUACCGAAACCUGGUCCCAUGACGAAAACCGCUAUCGCAUUGAAGAACUCUUCUCGAAAUGUGGACUACCGGACGACGAACUGAUAUAUAAGGCAACCAGAGACUUCAUCAUGUCCUGCCGGGUCGAGAUGCUCGACUUCAAGAUACCGGGUGGCCUCUCUGUCCCCAGAUUCAACAUCCUUGCAACCAGCCCAACCAAUGACGCAAAAACAUGGACCGACCUCAGAAUCUUCCUAAGCACCCUCACCUACCCCACCAACCUCGACGGCUGUGGAUCUGCCACGGCGCUCUUCGCCUGCCAAAUCUGCCACUCCCUCGCCCACCCGCGUGGCCUAUGCCCUUUCCCCACUCACCCCAAACUGGAACGGCCCGAAAGUAGGCAACAGGAAUAG